UUGACAAUGUCCCAUCUCGUUUAUUCUGAACAUUAUUUCCAAUUUCUGUUAGCACCUGACCGUUGAUUUUAUUAUGUGUAUUUUCAUUUUGUGUUUCCAUUAAUCAACAUGUUGGCCAUUAGAAGGAUUCAUAUUAUGGAUAGAUUCAUCCAUUGUGAAUAAUCUGGUUGCGUUAGAGACAGCAAAUCAGUUGUGGGGGAGUAAUUUUCCUGAUCUCGUUGCAUCAUUCAACAGUGGUGAACCGAGAUAUUUUGUGUUGACAGCUUGCUUGAAUGCAUCAGAGUGAAUCUGAUUUUGUGCACACCCAUUCUCCUUAUGUGCAGUAUUUCCACUACUGUUACAAUGUAGAGCUAUCAGCAAGAGGGUCUGCAUUUUUGCCCUCAUUCAUCCGUGAGAACGCCUCCUGAGUAUCCAAGAUUGUUGUUAAAGUUUCCUGUGAAACUUUACAUGUUUUGCAGCGGUUGUUUCUUUCAGCGUGUUAUUUCUAGCCACGAUGCACACUUGUUAAUUUGAGCAGGCAAACUUGGGAGUGAGGCCUUCCAUAUUCGAGAGAAUAUUAACUCACGUCACUGGAAUCUUCCUCAUUAUCCUGAAAUGCCACAAAAAUUCUGCAGAUUCAAGCAUUCCUUCAGAUGGCAAGUUCUUUGCUUGCAGGUUUUGCACCCAGGACUCCAGAAACUGGAUCUCAGUGCCUGUGACAUUACAGAUCAUGGAUUAAUCAUGCUUCAGAUCUGCACCCAACUAAGGGAAAUUAACUUGAAUUCGAGUGACUGCAAACUGUCUAUAACUUCUGAAGGAUUAAAGGUGAUUGCUUCAUCUUGUCCCUACUUGUCAGAAGUGUGUCUUCGAAGAUGCCGGAAUGUUUCAGAUGAAGGAAUUGUCGCCCUUGCACAACAAUGUAGACUGUUACAAGUAGUGAACAUUAGUGGCUGCUUGGGGGUUACAGAUGCCAGUUUACAUGCCCUGGGGAAGAACUGCAAGUUUUUGUAUAGUGUCGAUUUUUCAGCUACCAAGGUUUCAGAUGCAGGCGUUAUUGGAUUGGUGAAUGGAGUAUGUUCCCAUAACUUAAAAGAGAUUCAUAUGGAUCGCUGUGUGAAUCUAACUGAUGAAGCAGUGGAAAGUGUGCUAAUUUUCUGCCCCCACGUUUUCAUACUACUUUUUCAUGGCUGCCCACUUAUCACAGACCGUUCAAGAGAAGCUCUGCAACAGUUAGCCUGCCCUAAUCAAAUGAAGCAAGUAACGUGGACCGUUUACUGAAUUAACAUUAUUUCCACCAUUUAAUAUUUGUUAAUUAAACAAACAAUGUUCUGUAAUUUUCGUAUAAUAGCAACAACUGCUCUGAGCAUUUAAUAGUAAAAUUUAUGUGACCAAGUAAUUAUCAAUUAAAUGUUUAAUUUAAAUCAAUCUAAUUACUGAAACAGAUAGAAUCUUUGUAUAUGUGCAGUGUAGCACAUGGUAAUAUAUAUUAGUACCAUUCCCAUUAUGUUGUGCUGUGACGUACAAAUAAAUGUUGGUACAAAUGAA